UCUUUGUAGAGUCUUGGCCUUACGGUGCUACACCAUUUUGCGCUGUAGUUUGAUUGUGUGAAUCAGAAGCGAGCUGGGGACACUGCCUUUUCCUGCUGCUCUGCAGGCUUCUCGGUGCAGACCUUUAAUGGCCAGGGGGAGCCACUGCAGAUAUCACAGGCAUCGAAAAGUCUCGCUGCGGACCUUCAUAGGGACACAGUAGGAUGUAUAUGACAGAAGAUUGAAAGGCUUCUCGUCUAGUUAUUGAGAUGCAUCCUGCGUGCGAAUAUGUGUUCUAGGAUUCACAAUUGGAAUAGUUUUGUACGGCCUGCUUCCGACGGGGGAUGGGAGGUCCCUUCCAAAAGUCUUGGGCGUUUGAUGGUGUAACAGACUUGUGGAUGGGCUUGAAGACUCUGGCAAGCUCCCUGACCUGGGCAUCUCUCUGGUGAGGAAGAACACGGCAAGCCUGCUGUCUCGGGGAUCCUGUGGUCACCUCACCAGGAGUCCUGAGUGUCCACUUCAGUGUCAUCAGGAUGGAGUUCUGAAGUCCAUGUGGCUCCUUGCAGUGAACCAGGUGUUAAAGAAAAUGCAGAGGCGCCACAGCAGCAACACGGAGACCAUUCCACCUGAAAGAAGCCGCAGCCAGGCGCUCAGCCCCGAGGCCAGCGUGGAUGAAGGCGGCGUGUUUGAGAGCCUGAAGGCCGAGCCGGCUGCCCCACCUGCACUCUUCUCUGGCCUGGCCAGCAGCCUGCCCCUGCCUGCAAGCCCCUUCCCGGCCAGCUUGGUGCUGGGCUCCUCGGCGAGCGGUGGGGACGUGUUCCUCCCGAUGCCCACGUCCAGGGACGACGGUGGCGGCCGCACUGGCGAGGGCGGGGUUUACCACCUCCGCCAGCCUCACCAUCACUUCCACCACGGCACCCACCGCGGGGGCUCCCUGCUGCAGCACGUGGGUGGGGACCACCGUGGACACUCGGAGGAAGGGGGUGACGAGCAGCCGGGGACGCCCGCGCCCGCCCUGUCGGAGCUGAAGGCCGUCAUCUGCUGGCUGCAGAAAGGGCUUCCCUUCAUCCUGAUCCUGCUGGCCAAGGUGUGCUUCCAGCACAAGCUCGGCAUUGCCGUGUGCAUCGGGAUGGCCAGCACCUUCGCCUACGCCAACUCCACGCUCCGAGAGCAGGUCUCGCUGAAGGAGAAGAGGUCCGUGCUGGUCAUUCUGUGGAUCUUGGCCUUUCUGGCCAGCAACACCCUCUAUGUGCUGUACACGUUCAGCUCCCAGCAGCUGUAUAACAGCCUCAUCUUCCUGAAGCCCAACCUGGAGACGCUGGACCUCUUUGACCUGCUGUGGAUCGUGGGCAUUGCAGACUUUGUACUAAAGUACAUCACCAUCGCCCUCAAGUGCCUCAUUGUGGCCCUGCCCAAGAUGAUUCUGGCAGUCAAGUCCAAGGGAAAGUUCUAUCUGGUCAUCGAGGAGCUGAGCCAGCUGUUCCGGUCGCUCGUCCCCAUCCAGCUGUGGUACAAAUACAUCAUGGGUGACGACUCCUCCAACAGCUACUUCCUGGGAGGGGUCCUGAUCAUCCUUUACAGUCUCUGCAAGUCAUUUGAUAUCUGUGGCCGUGUGGGCGGAGUCAGAAAAGCCCUGAAGCUUCUCUGUACCUCUCAGAAUUACGGUGUCCGAGCCACUGGGCAGCAGUGCACCGAAGCUGGAGAUACCUGCGCCAUCUGCCAGGCUGAGUUCCGAGAGCCUCUGAUUCUCCUAUGCCAGCACGUGUUCUGUGAGGAGUGCCUCUGCCUGUGGCUGGACCGCGAGCGUACCUGCCCACUCUGCCGCUCUGUCACCGUGGACACGCUGCGCUGCUGGAAGGACGGGGCCACAUCGGCACACUUCCAAGUGUACUAGGGCCGGACCCUGAGGAUGCCUGAGGGUCAGUGUCCCAGAUCCUGCUCUGGGGGCUUCCUGGAAAACAACCUCCAGUGACAACAGCAGCCUUCCUCCAGCUUCAGCCCCGACAGAGGGCAGGCCUGGGCCCUCCUCCCUCCGCCCACUUUCCUCCCAUGACCUGCAGGACAGUGCAAGCACCUUCCCCUCCAGCAGGGGAGGCCUCCUCCUACUGACAUAGUCUGCCCCAGGUAGGUCAUCCACCCCCCCUCCAAGUCAAGGAAUCUGUGACACAAGAAGUUCUCCCCUUCUCUUAACCUAGUACCAAGUUCCUAGUACUCAGUGCUGCGGACUGGGGAAGAGCAGGGCAACCACUGCCUCUCCAUAUGGCCCUGGCCUGCAGUGUCACUGGGAAGUAUUUUCAAAGUCCAGGCUGCCAUCUACCUAGAUUAACUUAAUGGAUCAGUCGCUUAGCAUGUGCCAGCCACAGCAUCAGGCAUCUGGCUUGGAUCACUUCCCGUCAUGCUCAGCACAGUCAUAUGGAGGUACUCUUGGCCCACCCCCACUUGACAGGUGAGGAAACUGAGGCACCGAAUGAGGUGUGGGAACUUUCCCCAGGGUCACUCUACCCCCAAAAAGAUUGGUGAGGGCUAGCUGAGCUUCCAGCCAUCACCAGCCUGGUUUGGUGUCAGAGGUGCUGAGGCUACCAGGUGUGGGGUCCAGGAGACCCAGGAGACUGAAAGCAUAGUGGGUGGCUUCAAUACCCCUUCCUGCUUAAGGCUUGGUGGCCUUGUUGGGUGCAGUGGUACCUGCCUAUAAACCCAGCACUUGUGAGGCUGAAGCAAGAUCAAGCGUUUGAAGCCAACUUGCGCUGCAUAAAAAGAUCCUGCCUCAAAACACAAAAACAAAACAAUGACAAAAAAGACUGCAGCGCACAGGCGUACCACACAUUGGGUAUGGACUGCAUUGAGAAUGGGAACCAGGCCCACCAGCUCCUGCAGUCCACCUUUGGCUGGGCCUGUGGAAAGACUUACACCUUCAGGUUCUUUUCCUGGGGUCGGGUGGCAAAGCUCAAUCUCAUUUGGGUUCAGGAAGGGUCGGUUUGGCCCAUGUGUGGUAUCACGGGAUCUCCCAUUCCUGUUUCUCCUCUCCUCCUUCUAUGCUGUCUUCUCCCUCACUUGUAUGUCAGGCCUGUAACCAGCUACUGUGGCCAGGAUGGUGAUGUGGACCACAGUAGAAGCCGUGUGUUGCAAUCUCUGUGGCAAAGCUAUUUGCUUACCCAUGCAAAACUCUCCUGCCUGGAAAUCUGGGAUAGGAUGGCACUUAGGUGAUACGGAAGCCAUUUUGCUCUCUCGUUGUCCACCUUGGCACAGCGGCCUGGCACCAGCUUUGUUCCAGAAAAAAACCUCUUUCUGACUAGUGAGGAGAUUAGCAUGCCAGCCUCAGGGGACAGAGUGGAGCCUUGCUCCCCCAGCAGAUGCAGGACAUUGGCCCUCUGUGCCGCCAUGCCAGGACUUCAUCUUUUUCCUAACACCCUUGGCUCUUUCCUGGUGCCCAGCAAGAUGCCCCUUCCAAGGCAGCAUGUCAUCUUUCAAGCUCUGUUACUAUGGUGAUGGCCGUGAUGUUGACAAUCCCCCUUGUCUGAAUAAUCAAGGAGGAAAGGAAAGCAGACGGAAACAUCCAUCCGGGUAGAUUCAACUGCUCGGUCCCUUCCACCUUCUCCAAGGGGGGCAACAGGCACGUCGGCCCCUGGUUCUCAUCAGAGAGCGCAUCCUGCCUGCCAAUUGUGGUCAGAGGCAGAGGAACAGGUGCUGCCCGGGACUUACCUAAGGGUCAGCGCAGGAUGGAGAAGACAGAGCAGCCUGUUGGGAGUCAGACCUGGAAUUCUGACUGCAAACUCCUGCCUGUGUGACUAUGGGAAGACCCUUUACCUGCUGUCGCCAUCUCUGGGGUAACAAAAGCUGGUGUGUUGUUUGCUGGAACCGAGGCAACUAACAGUGCAGGUGACUGGUGAAUACACCCAUGGUUUCACCCAGUAUACUCACGCCUCCAAGGGAAAUGUUCCCUUAACAUUUUGCAGAUGAGUCCGGCUUCUGAUACUAUAAAGACUGUCACCUAUGAAGUGCUUUUGGAGGCAUGUGGGAUGGUAUUUAUUCAUUCCCCUAUCCUCCAGGGAAUCUUCACAUCUGAGGGUUUUCUUCUGGGUGGGAAGAGUUUCCUUCUGCCCUGAAAGGGAGCAGAGGCUUCAGAAGAGAUUUCCAGGCACCAGGCUGUACCAAUCCCACCCUACUGGAGUGAAAGCAGCCGAGAGUCUAUCCUGAAGCAGAACAAUGUCUCUGUCCCUUCCCCACGUGACGCAUUUGGUAUAAACAAGAUUCAUCAAGUGUCAGGUUCUGAGUGUCCCACUCCUAAUAUUUUAUGACUCACUGAAUGGCGGAGUCCUCAGAAACAAAUAGUCCUGUUCAUCUCAACAAAGCCAAGAGUAAGUGAGGUGUGGGAGUCAGGAAGACACACUCUGGAUUUCAGGCCAGAGAGGAGGUCCUGUGGAACCUCAAGGGCAUCCCAGCGGCUCAGGAGGAGGACAUGGGACAGUCCUGGGGUCCUUUAAUACUUUCAUUGUGGGACAAGCAGCUGCCUUUAGUGUCUUUGUG